CUGUACCUGUGAGAGUCCGAGAUGACUGCAGCGUGAUAGAUUGCAAGUGCAUCUACUGCAGCAAUUUGCAGCCGUCUAUUCUAACCUUCUAGAUGGGUGUUUAUCGUGAUAAGCAAAUGGCUGUACUUGCUCCUGAAGCUGCAUAUUCCCAUGAUGUGGAAAGAGUCUGGUUGGAUCGUCGAGGGCGUGGGGAUGUUGCCAUCGCAACUCGUAUCAGCUUUCGUGUACGGCUACAUCCGUGAAUAUUUUGGUAUGCAGCUACGCAGUUCAGCAGCCAACCGACGGGCGAAAAGCACUGGCGUAUUCGGAAGCAAAAAAACUGCGAAUAGUGCUAAAAAUUGCGACAUGUGGCCGGGUAGACUACGCCGCAACCAGCAGGGAACGCCGUUUCAACUUCAGCCUUCCGAGCCCGAGCCGCGCGGCGACGUUGCUGGUACGGUAGGCCAUGUCCGGCGGUUUACAGUCGGCGAGGGAGGCGUCGGGUAUAACAAGUGAGGCAAGGCUUUUCUUUGUUACAAGAUGAAAAAGUUGAAAGGGUCAAAGAAAAGAGCCAAACGAUCUCUGUAUCGGUCGGUGGCGUUCGUUGCCAUGGAUUCCUAGCGGCUCUGCACAGCGGCCCCUCUAGCUAGCGGCUGAGGAUUAUGGAUGAUGAUGAGCGCUGAGAUGGCGUAUACAACGACGUGUUGUGCUUUGGAGGCUCCACCCGGUGCUACGACAACGGCGUGGACAGAGAGAGAGCGCGAUCGACGGGCGUAGUAAGGAAGAGGAAGGCAGGCAAAAGUGUCAAGGCUGUCGUUCGGAUGGAUAGCUGGAGUCAAGUGGGUGUGGCUCUGUGCCACCUUCACAGGACAGGCACGCUAGAAGUGUAGCGCGACCCAGCUUUUGAAACCCGGCCAUCCCUGCGCUGCAAGAGGUGCCUCCUCUCAAAAAAG